AUGGCGGGCUGCAUUAAACAAAUUGCUGCUGGUCGGCGUAAGCCAAACAUGACACGCAAAGAGUACUUCGAUCACCGUUUCCGUAUUCACGGAAGCUUGUCGGAUGGUACCGAGAAUAAGGACGAUAAACCGCACAAGUACAUCCAGACUCAAGUCUUCGACUCAGCUUUCGGUUCACGCCCUGAUGGACCACUAAAUGCCAAUCAACAUUGGGUUGGAAGAGACGACACUACCGAGCUCUUCUUUCGGGACUGGGACCACGUUACAAGCUGCUUUUCCUCGGAAUUUGUGAAGACCACCAUCGGGCCGGAUGGACCUCUCUUUGCAGACUUUGAAACCAGUGUUGUUCUGAUGGCAUACGAAAAAGCUAUACCAGUGCAAACUACAGCAGCUGAGGAGAGAGCCAAGGCUGGAAACGCCGAUUUAGAUGUCGGCAAUGCAACUGUCGCCAUGUACUUCAUUUCCACGCCGGAUGAUGUUCGAGACGGAAGCAAGCGAGAGCAAGCUGUGACUCCUCUUCUACUGAAGUCAUUGGAGACUUACUGCCAGGCUGAUAUAGGGGGAGUCGUUUGCAAUGUCGGAGCCGUUUCCGACAAGUUUGAUCUGAACGCGUAUUUUGGUGGUGCUGAUAUGCCUCAGUAUGCGUUGGUUUAUAAGCUGUUCCUCACAGGGGCGGAAUCUGUGACCACGCUCAGGAGAGCCCAAAGGGAAUUCGAAGGAGCUGUUACCCAGCAUGGGCUUAUUGACCUGCACAAGAGCUUUAUCCUAUUCUCGCGAGAAGCUCUAAUUAUGGAUAUGGGGAAGGGAAUAAGAUUUUCUCUGGACCGUCAGGUGUCCUUCAAAGACCUUCCCGGUCCAUCUCACCUUGACUCAGAGAGCAAUAAGGACUUCCGCGACAGUCUUCGCACAACCCUGAACCCCAUCAAACUCGACAGCUCCCUCAAAGACUUUGCCUUCAACUGGCGCGACCACAUUCCGACUCGAAGCAAGCAACUCACCCUUGAUACUUUCGGCUUCACUGGCGCCAAACCACUGGUUCAGCCAUGGGUGCCUACAUCCUCCGCACCUGAGAUUCCCCUCGACUGGUUAUGUGAGAAUCCCGAUUUCGUCUGGGAAUUCGCGAGAAGAUGCCACCUUUACAGCCACACCCCCAUCCCCGCACUGUUGCACACUUGCGCCGAGUCCCGCAUUAUGCUCAUCAACAUGGGUUACAAACUCGCCUUUCGGACGCGGUCGAGUGGGCCAAGAAUAUGGUUCAACUUCGACCGAGACACAUUGUACUUGCAAGCCGAACCCCCAGAAGAUGAUGACGCAUCCCGGUCACUCAAAGGAAGCAGCCUGUGGGACAUUGGCCAGUUCGAUCCCGGAGAGAUGCGACAGGUCCGGAAGCUGGCGUUGUGGGGAGCUGCCAAUUAUCUAACCCUGUUCAACUGCGAUCCUCACUCCUUUGGUGGUCACGCUCAAGAGCUCUCGUCGGUUCUUAGGCUAUUCAGCGGUCUUGACGAGUUGCUGUUUGUGGAUUGGUCCAAGGGUGAUUUUACAAGGACCGUCGAUAAGGAGAAACUGGAGGGAGCACAUCGGCGACGACACCCAUACGAUAUUCGUGGGCUUUGGCUCUGUGUAGAUGUUGCCAAAAUCGAUGGCUUGUUUCGCCUCUUCUCCGCUGAGCCACCUUGCUUCGGCAACCUCAGAUCAACAGGCCUGAACAGUUUCCUUCUGAGCGAACACAACGUGAUGAGGCACCAAAAGACUUAUUUCGAAGAAGCAGAGGAUAAAAUUCGAAGCGCAUUAAUCGACGAGAUGACCCGUUUGAUCUCUACAGAAACGACCGACGUCAUUAUACCAUGGAAGAUUCCGCGUCCCAGAACCGUCCAUGUCUUGCCGCUUCUCGAGCACUUUAUACUUUGGAAAGAGCGGAUAGAAGUCGAAGAAGAUGUUUUCAAUCUUCAGAUGGAAUGGAACUCAAUGGUCAGGUCGAGAACAGAGAAGCAGAUGUCAUCCUCGGAAUGGCAGGAGGCAGAGCGGGCGUUUGGAGAGGCACACUGGCCCGAGGACGAGGACUGGGGCAAUGAACGAGCUAUCUACGGUGACAUUUUGACGACUCGAAUACAAAAGCAGUGGUGGAUUCAGUACAGGACAACUCCGGACCCUGGCGACCCUCUCUCAUGGGUGUGA